CUGUAGCUGCCUUUCCAAUAGCGCUGGCUGAAAAAAAACAAAAACUGGAGUUUGAAACAGCAAGGCUAAGAUAAUUUAUUUUAUACUUAAAUAAAGCUCUGUAUAUUAUAAAAAAAGUUACUGCUUUUGUUUUCCUGCAAUGUCAGAACCCUGGGCCUCAGUUGAACAAGCUCAAAAAGAAAAACGAUGUGAAUUAGUCAUCGCUGGACCUGAAUAUUCUCAUUUAAUUGAAGAACAUGGCUUGGAUCCCGGUAUAUUUAAUGUGACUCAUCUUAAUUUUUUGGAAAUCAGUAAGACGCCUUUGGAAGAAUUACCAAACACUAUUGGUCAAUUAACAAAUUUAACGAGAUUGGUCAUAUCUUAUAAUAAAUUGCUGAAGUUGCCUGCAGAAGUGAAAAACCUCAAGAAACUAAAAUUUCUGGACGUGUCGCAUAAUAUGUUAUCUGAGCUGCCAGAAGGUUUAUCUGAUUUGUCUGAAUUACAAUCUUUGAAUGCCAGUUUUAACAACAUCAACAAAGUACCAUCUGUCUCCCUGUUGACAAAGUUGGUUUCGUUGAAUAUCAGUCAUAAUAAAUUUGAAGAAUUACCUGUUACGAUUUGUGAUUCAAAUUUGAUUCACUUUACUGAUAUUUCUGCUAAUAAUAAUUUAAUAUCAAGUAUUCCAACUGAGAUCGGAAAUAUUUCCAAUUUGAAAGUUCUUGAUUUAGGUGAGAAUCAGAUUACUUGUGUUCCUGGUGAGUUGGGAAGUUGUACAAAGCUAAAAGAAUUGAACCUGAAAGGUAAUAAGUUGCAGGAUAAACGCUUAUUAAAGCUUGUUGACCAAUGCCAUGUCAAACAGAUUAUGGAGUAUAUUAGAAGUCACUGUCCUAAAGCUAAUGCAGGAAAUGACAAACAAUCCAAGUCCAAAAAGAAAGCUAAACAAUCGAAGAAGGCUGAAGUUGAAGAGAUUACUGAGUUGUUAGAUGAGUUGAAGAUUCUCCAUGUUGAGGAUGAAUCAAUCAAGAUAAUUUCAACAUCAAGGAUAGCUGAGAUUCGUCCUUAUAUAGUUUGCUGCAAAGUGUUUGAUGUGAAUUUAAGUGAUGCUGCAUGCAUGAAGAAAUUCAUCAAUCUACAAACAAAGCUACAUGAUACCGUUUGUGAAAAAAGAACUGUGGCUACGAUUGCUACUCAUGAUUUAUCUAAAAUCCAGGGAAAUUUAACCUAUGAUGCUAAGUCACCACAAGAAAUUAAGAUUACUCCUCUGAAUAAAAAUAAAGAAAUGUCAGCUGCUAAGUUGUAUCAACUUUUAAAUGAGGAAGCUGAUGCAGUUAGAAAAGAAAAAAAGAAGAAUACUUAUUCAGGAAUUCACAAAUAUUUAUAUUUGUUAAAAGAUAAACAGAUGUAUCCUUGCUUAUCAGACUCUUCUGGAUUGGUUGUAUCUUUUCCUCCGAUAACUAACAGUGAUGGAUCAAAAAUAACAAGUGAUACCAAAUCUAUGCUUCUUGAAGUAACUGGCAAUAAUCUUAAUAAUUGUAAAAAAGUGAUGGAUACAUUAUUGAUUGAUAUAUUAAAAUUGGGACUUGGCAAUAAGAAAAGUGAAAAUGAAGGUGAUGUGGAAGAAACACAGCAGAAUACUUUAACAGUCCAACAAGUAAAAGUUGUUGAUGAAGAAGGAAAAUUGAAAGUUAUUUAUCCUUCAAGAACUGAUGUGCCUGUUGAUGGCAUUUUAGUUACUCGAGCUUGAUUUGUUUCAAUGAAAAUACACUGUAAUAAAGUAUCUAAUUUUCUUACUUA